AUGAUUGGUCUAUUAAUGGAAAAAGAUGUAUCCUCAUUAUCUCUAAAGAUAUUCUGUGUCGAUCGCAAGAUAAUAGAGACACUAUAUACUAUUUCAAACCCACUUAACCCGGUGGACAAGGGAGAACCACCAGUUAUCGAUAAACUAAUUUUCCCAUAUUUACGAUCAUUUUCUUUUCAAACCAAUAUCGAAAAGAAUUCCUCCUACAAUAUAUUCAACUUACUUGAUAAUGAAAAGAAUGUUAAUCUAACAACAGUAGAUAUAAAUAACCAGAUUUGUCCAAUGAUUCCUAAUGACUUUCCAAAAUAUCUACCACUUGAGAGUCUGUAUUUUUUUGUUCCAACUUUGAAGAGUAUCGAGUUGAACGAAGGUUUAAGUAGUUAUUCAGUCAUAAAUUUUGAUAUUACAAAGUCCUAUCCUGUCCUUGAAACUUUGUCUUUAAAAUUUAAAGAUGGAAGAAAAAACAUUAUUUUUGAUACCAUGACAUUAAAAACAUUUGAAUUCUAUCAAGUAUAUCAUAGUAUAUCGGACUAUACAAUAUUCCCUAAUCUAACAUCUUUAUAUCUAUUUCAAAAUAAUCUCACUGGAUUCUUUGGAGAUUUUGGGGAUUUAGAACCUUCAUCAAUUUAUAUAUCUGAUGGUGAACGUAAUACAAUCUAUACAAACGUUACAACUAAUUUAUUUCAAUCCAAUUGUUAUACCCAAUACAUAUUCCCAAUCGGAAAGUUGCAAACAAAAUAUUUUCCAGAUUGUUUCAGAUGUUAUGGAAACGAAAUCCAGUUUUUGGUUACUCGUGAUGUAUUUUUCGCUUGGGUAAAUUACACAUGUCCAAUUAAAUUAGAUAAAUUAAUAUACCCAAUUGGUUUAUUCGAUUUGAAUAAACCAAUAAAAAUAACGGGAGAAAACUUGGGAUGGGGUUAUAAUAUAGACCCGACUCUUUCUGUAAUGAUACCAAAUAAAGAAUUUCAAUUUAGAAAUCCAACUAGAAAUGGAGAAACAACCAUUCACUUUUCAGUUGGAUAUAAUGACAAAUAUGCAUUUAAUAUUACUUGGGGACCAGAAAUCCUUAAUUUUUUAUUCUCAUUCUAA